AUGACUGAUUUCUUUUGGUACUGCCAGGAUGGACUGGAAAGUUCGAUCAAAAGUGACAAUAUGUAUCAGUAUGCAGCGCCGUACCAUUCCAGUGUAAUGAUUGUAAUUCAAUAUGAGUCGACAUGUCGUUACCACUAUUCCGUUCCCAAAGAACGAAAUGUAAGCAAUGCGAAAGUUGCACUCAAGCAAACCGCUCAGACCCUUACGGCCGAGCAGCAACAUGCUCGCGACAUUCUGGCAACUCCUUUAACAUCAGAGGGCGAACGUGGACCAAAAAAGCUGUCCCUUUUCUUCGCCAGUCUUUGUGUUAUCGAUUUAUUCGGAGUGUUUCCGAUAGUGGCUUUGCCGAAAUCUAUCAUUUCGUGUGGAUUAUAUGGAGUGCCGUUAGUUCUAUUCGUUAUAACUCUGCAGAUUUAUACGGCCACCAUUCUAGGACGAUGCUGGACUAUAGCCGAAAGGCUGGAUCCUUCGAUAGUGGCAAAGAAUCGAUAUCCAUAUGCAGCGAUAGCGGAAUUCACUCAUGGAAAACGGAUGAGCGUGUUCGUGACUGUGCUCCUGGAUAUGACCGUGUUUGGUGGCGGCAUUCCGAAUUUACUGGUAGCUUCCCAGAAUCUUCAGUUGCUAGGAUCCAAAGUGUCGGGUGGUGGAUUCGAGUUUUCCUUCUGCUACUGGCUAGUGCUGAUAGGAUUGUUUCUCUGCCCAAUCAUGUGGCUAGGAAGCCCUAAAAAUAUGAAAGCCUUAGCCAGUGUGUCGGUAAUAGUAUGCAGCAGCGUGGCUGCGUUAACGUGGUUCUCAAUUGCCCAAGAUACUGUUAUCGUCAAUUCCAAUGGUACUCAUUAUAACGAAUUUGUACCUUUUAGCGGCAUUGAACUCGGCCCGCCUUCAUGGAUUAAGCUUCUGAAAGCAUACGGAAUAAUUGCCUUUCAGUUUGACAUUCAUCCCAUGUUAUUAACGAUCCAGGUUGAUAUGGACCAAAAACGAUUGAUUGGUAAAGCUGUUUUUCUAGGUCUUAUGGCUAGCUGUUUUCUGUCUGCCGUGACAACUCUGUUGGCUGCCUACCGAUACGGAAUGAAUACUACAAACAACGUUCUACAAAUUUUACCAAAAAGUUGGUCCCUCUACUUGACCAUUAUGUUGGUGACAUUGCAAUUGUGCUUGUCUAGUGCAGUAGGCAAUUCGGCACUGUUUCAGCACAUUGAAGAUGUUCUGGGUGCAUCUAGAGAUUUUACAUUCAAACGCUGUAUUAUUCGUUCGAGUCUUGUUUGGUUGGCCGUACUGAUUGCGGAACUUCUUCCUCGGUUUGAUGUAGUAAUGGGCAUCAUUGGUGGAACACUCACCGGUCCGCUGAUAUUCAUUCUGCCACCUCUGUUGUACCAAAAGAUGACCGCUUUGGAGGCUACCUGUUAUCGCGAAAUGGAACGGGUUCACAAUCGAGAUAUCGUCAGUGAUACAAAUUCGCCACUUAUGCACGGUGCGUAUGGAUCGAUUGGCCAGACACCACUGAUAGCUGUAAGAAGCCUUCCACCUAGAAGCCAAUUGAGAAAAAGUUUUACAUUUUGCUAUCAGCGAAUUAAGCGCUUCCUUCAUUUUCUGCGCAGCGAUUGUAUUCUUUCUCUUUCUGUCAUCAUGUUCGGCAUUGGAGCAACACUGAGUUCUACUUACUACAAUAUAUUUGAUGUGAAAGACAUUGGCCUAAACUUCUGGAAAUCGUGUGCAGCCAACAUUACUUUGGCAAGUGAUUUAUGA